AAAAAAUUUGGAGUUUUAGUUUUUGGUAAAAUUUAGUCAUAGUUGGCGACACUGAAGCAGUUGUCAUUGCAAGAUGGCGUCGAUUCUGAAAUUGUCGAAAUCCGUGGCAAAAUUGUCAAAAAAUGGGUCAAUAAUCCAGACGGCUAAAACUCUACGAAAUGCCUCAACGGCCGCUGAACAAAAACAAGUUGUCUUGAACGUCCCUCCGACAAACGUUACGACACUAAAUUCAGGAAUCCGAGUCGCGACUGAAGAUUGGGGCUCACACACAGCCACGGUUGGUAUCUGGAUCGACGCCGGAAGCCGAUAUGAGAACUCGAAGAACAACGGAGUGGCCCACUUUAUGGAGCACAUGGCUUUUAAAGGCACGGGUAAACGGAGUCAGACGCAGCUCGAGGUGGAGAUCGAGGACAUGGGGGCCCAACUGAACGCCUACACCAGUCGCGAACAGACAGUCUACUAUUCGAAAUGUCUGGCAAAAGACGUCCCCAAAGCGAUCGAAAUCCUGGGGGACAUAGUCCAAAAUGCGAAACUGGGGGAAGCUGAAAUCGAGCGUGAACGUGGGGUUAUCCUACGUGAAAUGCAAGAGGUGGAGUCCAAUCUCCAAGAGGUGGUUUUCGACCAUUUGCACGCGAUUGCGUAUCAAGGGACCCCUUUAGCUAACACUAUUUUGGGGCCCACUGCCAACAUCAGGUCAAUCAAUUCGAAUGAUUUGCGGUGCUACUUGGAUAAUCACUAUAAGGCGAGUCGGAUUGUUGUCGCCGGGGCUGGGGGCGUCAACCAUGACGAAUUGGUGAAACUCUGUGAACAACAUUUGUCCAAAUUGAAUAAUAAUUAUCCUGAUGAAAUCCCGAUUUUGGCCCCAUGUCGAUUCACGGGGUCCGAAAUCCGGGUCCGGGAUGAUUCCCUACCCUUAGCCCAUAUUGCCAUAGCCGUGGAGGGGGCUGGAUGGACCGACCCAGACACUUUAACCUUGAUGGUAGCAUCGACCUUGUUGGGUGCAUGGGACAGGUCCCAAGCGUCGGCAAAACAGAACGCUACGACUCUGGCACGUGCGAGUGGUGAAGGCGAGUUGUGUCACUCGUACCAAAGUUUCAACACCUGCUAUAAAGAUACGGGCUUGUGGGGGAUUUACUUCGUCUCAGACCCUCUCAAAAUUGAAGAUAUGGUCUUCAAUAUCCAGCAAGAGUUCAUGAGGUUGGCUACAAGUGUCACUGAGGGUGAGGUGGAGAGGGCAAAGGCUCUUCUCACCGCCAACACUUUACUCCAAUUGGACACUUCUACCGCUGUUUGCGAGGAUAUCGGCCGUCAAUUGUUGUGCUAUGGGAGGAGAUUGCCCCCUCAUGAAUUGACCCAUAGGAUUAAUUCCAUAACGGCACAAAAUGUCAGAGAUGUGUGCUAUAAAUAUUUGUACGAUAGGUGUCCCGCUAUUGCUGCAGUGGGGCCAGUCGAGCAAUUGCCUGAUUACAACAGGAUUCGUAGCUCAAUGUACUGGAUACGUGUUUAAAUUUAAAAAAAAAACAGUGUAAAUAAUUUUUGUUCCAACUAAUUUUAUUAAUAAAGUACAUGUCAUAGUU